CCCUUCCUAUGGAGGAUUUAUUUAUUUUCUCCUCCGUCUCCUCCGCCACUACUGCGUCCAUUAUCAACGAGGCGAAACGAAGAAUCGCGGCUGGAUAACGUGACAUUAGCAGGCCGAGUGGAAGGGCUGGACCGCGCAGGAGGAGCGAAGGAUGAGAGCCGACACCGAGAUGGUGAGCCGAACUGAGUUGCCGCCGCUGAACACCAGAGGAGGCGACAUGACUGCGGUAUAAACAGGCAAAAGGACGCCGCUGCACUGUUGGUGAGAGAGGAAGAGAGGCGAUGGGUGGAUGCAUAGAUGAUGGAUGUAUAGAUGAACAGAUAAACAGGUAGAUGAUCUGAUGGCGGGUGAAGGUGCAGAUGGAGCCCUCUGACCGCUACUCUGUCCGUUCCUCGAGGCUUCACCGCGGUCAUAGAGCUGCACGAAGAUCCGCUGAACGCACCUGGAGCUGGACAAAAUUAUAUGAACACUGUGCUGCUGUGCAGCCUCCAUCAUCAUCAUCAUUAUCAUGAUUUAUUGUUGGUACUGACGGCCUUCAGCCACGCCGAACUGGACUGACUGACCGCGUCCUUGUCUCCCAGCGGCGCUCAGUCAGGAUGUCUGGAGCGGCCGGACCUGCACCGUCCUCUGGGGCCGGGUCGGAGCUGCCGGACCUGAGCCACCUGACCGAGGAGGAGCGGAGCAUCAUUCUUUCAGUGAUGGAGCGACAGAAGAAGGAGGAGGAAAAGGAGCAGAGCAUGCUAAAGGAUCAGGAGGAAAUGAAACCUCCCUCGACCUCGUGGAAUCCAUUCUCAGGGUUCAAUCAGUUGGUCAAUAACGUUGCUGCCAAUGUGUCCGAAGUUCUGCAGGUUAAAAGUCCGACUGACAACGAAUUAAAAUUACAUCAGCAGUUUGAAAUGUAUAAAGACCAGGUCAAGAAGCUGGGAGAUGAGCCUCCAGUGGCUCAGACGGCGAGGGCAGACUCUCCCACUUGUGGGGUCUGUCAUAAGACCAAGUUUGCAGACGGCUGUGGUCGAGCCUGCUGCUACUGCCAGAGCCGCUUCUGUGCCCGCUGUGGGGGGCGUGUCCCACUGAGAGCCAAUAAGGUGAUGUGGGUGUGCAACGUGUGCAGGAAGCAGCAGGAGAUUCUUACCCGGUCAGGAGAGUUUUAUUCCAACACAUCACUGCUGACUGUUGACCACAGUUCACAUGGAGCUCCACAUCCACCAACACAGGGGCCGCAGGGGGCCAUGGGACCACUGAGUAAUGGAGCCACAGAGCAGAGGCGAAGUCCCUCAGGGUCAUAUUACGAUGGUGGGGGAGGGAGGAUGCAUCGCUCGCCCUCUGACCAUGGUAUGGAACGCCGCACUCGCUCACCACACAGCUACCACGGUAAUGGAGAGGAGGAGCUUAGGGCUCGGAGACGGCCAAUCAGAGACGGACGAGGCCGCUGGCACUCACAGGACCACCCUCUGGACCAGGUUAUGGUUGACCGUGAAAUGCGACGGCGGCAGGAAGAAGAGUUUCAGGCUCGUUAUCGUAGUGAUCCCAACCUUGCUCGUUACCCAGUGAAGCCACAACCAAGUGAGGAAACCAUGAGGAUGCUGGCUCAGGUCGGCAGAGUCCGCCACCAGCGCCGCCACAGUGACGUCUCCCUAGCAGCUGCUGAGCCUGAACACCUGAACCUCAGACACACAGGUAUCCGUCAGAAUCGACCUCAGGGUUUCGCUGGAUCUGGAGGUCAGAGGUCAUUCUCUGUGGACAGGGCAGCCAAUCAUAUGAGCCCAACGUCUCCCCGUCGUAGCCCAUUGCCACAGCAACACCUGGACCCAAGCUCCGCCCUCAAGAGGAAGCCUGCCAAUGACGGAAUGGGACAGAGGGUGCGGAUGAUGGGGAAGAUGCAUGUGAUUGGUAGUUUCAGCAGUUCGGAGGAGGAACUAGUGACUACGCCCGAAUAUACCAGCUGUGACGAGCCUGACAGAGACAUGGAGAGCCAGUGGUGGGAUCAUGGCUCCUGGCACGGUGAGCCUGGGCCUAUGUCUAUGCAACCGGUGACAUGGCAACCAUCCAAAGAUGGAGAGCGCCUGAUUGGUCGAAUUGUGCUGAACAAAAGGAUGAAGGAUGGGACAGUUCCCGCAGACACAGGAGCACUGCUAGGACUCAAGGUUGUCGGGGGGAAGAUGACAGAGUCUGGCCGUCUCUGCGCAUUCAUCACAAAAGUGAAGAGGGGGAGUCUGGCUGACACUGUAGGCCACCUGAGACCAGGCGAUCAGGUUCUGGAGUGGAACGGUCGAGUUCUUCAGGGCGCCACAUUUAAUGAAGUCUACAACAUCAUCAUGGAAUCUAAAUCAGAACCACAGGUGGAGCUGGUGGUGUGUCGACCAAUGGGAGAUGCUUCAAGAGCAGCAGACGGCUCCCACGUCCACAUGGACUCUAGUUCCAGUUCAUUCGACUCUCAGAAAGUCGGUCCAGCCAUUUCUGUCACGUCUCCGAUGAGCCCCAGCGUUCUGUCUGGGCAGGUCUCUAUAAAGCUGUGGUACGAUAAAGUUGGCCAUCAGCUGAUUGUCACUGUUCUUGGAGCAAAAGAACUUCCUGUUCGGGAUGAUGGCCGGCCUCGGAACCCCUAUGUCAAGAUCUACUUCCUGCCAGACAGAAGCGAUAAGAGUAAACGUAGGACGAAGACAGUGAAGAAGUCACUGGAACCUCGGUGGAAUCAGACCUUCAUGUACUCUCCGGUGCACCGUCGUGAAUUCAGAGAACGAAUGUUAGAGCUCACAGUGUGGGAUCAAGCUAGAGUCAGAGAGGAGGAGAGCCAAUUCCUGGGAGAGGUCCUGAUAGAGCUGGAGUCUGCACUACUGGAUGAUCAGCCCCACUGGUACAAACUGCAGCUUCACGAUGUUUCCUCUCUGCCGCUGCCCAACGCCUCCCCAUACCUGCAGAGGAGAGGACUGCAGGCUGAGCCCACACAGACCAGCAGGAGGCUUCAGAGGUCUCAGAGGAUCAGUGACAGUGAAUUUUCAGAUUACGACUGUGAAGAUGGCAUCGGGGUGAUAUCAGAUUACAGACAGAAUGGGCGGGACUUCCACAGCUCCACCCUCUCGGUGCCAGAACAAGUGGUAUCUUCCAAUCACCUCUCCCGAUCUGACAUGGUCAGGAUGAGGUCACGGUCGCCAAGUCAGCCACCUCCUCAAAGGUACAGCCGUGGGAUGGACCGGAGGGAUUACUACAGUCGCUCUCGCUCGGCCGACCAGCGAGCGAUGGCUGACCGACACAUCUACACGCGCUCACACUCCACAGACCGAGCUGACUCUUUUCACCUGAGGUCUGGUCGUUCCGCCCCCCCCUCACCUGCCCUGAUCAGGGCGAAUGCCCGAGGGGGAUCUGCCCUCACAAGUCCAACAGGAACGCCAAUCUGCAGCCGCAGAGGACGGCAACUUCCCAUUGUCCCGCCAAAAGGACCCCUUGACAGAAAUGGAGAACCUCCUGACUCUGUACAGACAGUUUUGGCCAUGCAAACCACAGGAGCACCAGCAACAACUGCAAUCCCUCCCACCCACCAUCAUCAUCUCCCUACCCCUAUCCAAAAUCAGGCCCCUCCUACUGUAAAUCAUCAACCGCCUCCACCUCCAGUUAUACGAAUCCAGGGGCCACCGCUUCCUGCAUGCAAUCACCCACCUCCUGCACCUGCACCUGCACGUGGACCUGGACCCACACCUGCACGUGGACCCUCAGCUGCACCUGCACCUGCACCUGCACCUGCACCUGCACCUGCACCUGCACCUGCACCUGCUCCUGUUCCUGCACCCCCACCUGCACCUGCAGCCGUACAACCACCUGCACCCACAUCUGCACCUGCACCUGCACGUGCUGCUGCACCUACACCUGCACCCGUCUCUGCACGUGCUCCUGCACCUGCCCCUACCCCUGCACCUGCACCUGCACCUGCACCCGCACGUGCUCCUGCACCCACACCUGCACCUGAAUCCGCACCCGCACCCGCACCUGCAUCUGCACCUGCACCCGCACCCGCACCCACACCCGCACCCGCACCUACACCAGCUCCUGCACCUGCACCCGCUCCUGUUGUAGUUCAGGACCCAGCUCCUGUUGUUCAGUCACAGCCACCUUCUGAACCCACCUUGCCCCCUGUACCUCCUCCAACACCUGUCCCAGCACCUACCCCUGCCCCUUCACAAGCCCCCUCACCAGCACCCUCACCAGCCCCACCCCCACAAACUCCAGAUCCAGAGAGACGCUCAGCGACACCUGGAGGGACUAGAAAAGGUGUGUUGAAGGAUCCCACAAAGAUGAGGGACAGUCUGUCCUUUAAAUCAUCAGAUAGUGAUAUCAGCGAUGUUUCAGCCAUGUCCAACGCCUCUGACAACCGAAUUGUCCGUAAGAUCAGUCCUAUGGAAUCUGUGGAGGGUCAGUCAGUGGAGGCAGGUUCAGUGGAAGCUCAGGAACAAGGGGGGGCAGCAGAGGGUGCAGCCACUUUGCAGAAGAGCGAAUCAGUGGACGAGCAAGUGGAGGAGGAGGAACCUGAGCCGUCAAAGGCAACACCAACCCCUGGAGCUCCUCUUACCAAGUCUUCUAGUGUCGGUGGGGAGAUUUGCUCACUGGGGAGAAAUGAUGAUGAUGAUGACGACAAGAAGAGACGCUCAAGCUUCGGAGCAAGGAUGAUGGGAAUGGUCGGACUGGGAAAAAAGAGUCAGAGCGCCUCCCAGCUCAAUCCAGAGGAAGAGGAGAAGAAGAAGAAGGUGAUAAGACUUCCUGUCCAGAGAAGUGUGGAGACAGGCUUGGCUGUUGAGUUUAAAUCUAGAUUCACUCGACAACCUAGUCGAGAUCCAGAUGCUGAGGACCCCAAACCUGGAGCUCUCAUAUUCCCAGGAGUGAAGUUGGCAUCAGACAAACAGUUUACUGGCUUCUUAGAGGGAUUAGGCCCCGCCCAGCUGGCUGGACGGCAGACUCUGGCUACGCCCCCCAUGGGUGACAUCCAGAUUGGGAUGGUCUACAGGAAGGAGCGUCUGGAUGUGGAGGUGAUUCGAGCCCGAGGUCUUGUGGGUAAACAAGGCAACAAGAACACUCCAGCUCCUUAUGUUAAGGUGUAUCUAAUGGAUAAUGGGAAGUGUAUAUUGAAGAGGAGAACUCGCCUGGCAAGAAAAACUCUCGACCCUCUUUAUCAGCAACAGCUGCAAUUUGAAGAAAAUCCUGAAGGAAAAGUGCUGCAGAUCAUUGUCUGGGGCGACUAUGGGCGGAUGGACCAUAAAUCCUUCAUGGGUGCUGCUCAGAUCCUAUUGGAUGAUUUGGACCUGUCCAACAUGGUGAUUGGCUGGUUUAAGCUAUUUCCUGCCACCUCAUUGGUGGACCCUGCCUUGGCCCCACUGACAAAUAAGGAAACAGAGGGUGGCAAGUCGUAGCAUCAGGAGACGGGACUGACUGUAUCGUAUAAGUAACGGGCCAGGACCAAGCAGGAGGAGACACAUUGUUGCUGGGUGGGGUUUAAAAAAAGUCCCGUGAUCCUCCUGUGCUGCUGCAUGCUGCAUGAUGAUGUCACGUUGAUGACGUAACAGUGCCAUGAUGAUGUCAUCGGGAGAAAGAAGGCUCCAUACCUUGAUCCAGAGAGGGACAGGGUGCAGCGACAGAUGCGUUGAAAAGAAAGGAUAGGCUAAAUGACCUCAAGCUGCCAGCCAAUCACAGCAGCUCCUCGGUAGUCAUGUGACUAAUAGAGGCACGUCCAGGACCAGAAGACUCAAAUCUGUCACUUGAUAGUUUCCACGGAGACGCAGGAACAUGGAGGUCUGCUUCUUUAUGUUUUUGCAUGGAACGAUGAAAAGAUUAGAACAUAAAAAAAAAAAACAUCUGAAACAU